CACCUAGCCAUCUCUACGCCACUGGCCGGCGAGGGUAAUAAUCGGAGUAAGAGAAGAAGAUUAAGCAAUUCAGCCAAAGAGAAUGGCGUACUCGGCGUUUCUAACUUCUCACAUUCAUUUCCAUACUAGCACCAGAUUCUUCUCUACAUUCCCUCCAAAAUUCCCCGCCAAACAGAAAGCAACCGUAAUAACCGCCGCCAUUCCCCCUUUGUCCACCGCUGCCUCCGUCACCGACCUGUCCGCUUUUGAUAGUACCACCGUUGCUCUCAUAGGUGGAGGCUCAAUCGCCGCCUUAGCAGCAGUUCUCUCCGUAACUGACCCCGAACGUCGACGUCGUCUUCAGGCGGAAGAAGUCGGCGGAGGCGACAAAGAAGUCGUUAGGAACUACUUCAAUAAUUCCGGUUUCCAGAGGUGGAAGAAGAUUUAUGGAGAGACCGAUGAUGUGAAUAAAGUCCAACUUGAUAUUAGGUUAGGGCACUCCAAGACAGUUGAAAAUGUGAUGAAAAUGUUGACCGAUGACGGCUCGUUGAAAGGGGUGACCGUUUGCGAUGCUGGAUGUGGGACCGGCUGUCUCGCUAUCCCCUUAGCGAAAGAAGGGGCCGUUGUUUCGGCUAGCGAUAUUUCCGCCGCCAUGGUGGCUGAGGCUGAGCAGCAGGCGAAAGAGCAAUUAGCAGUUGGAAAUGGCGAUAUUGUCCCGGUCAUACCGAAUUUCGAAGUGAAGGAUUUAGAGAGUUUGGAAGGGAAAUAUGAUACUGUGGUGUGUUUAGAUGUUUUAAUACAUUAUCCGCAGAGUAAAGCCGAUGGGAUGAUUGCACACCUUGCUUCACUUGCUGAAAACAGAUUAAUUUUGAGUUUUGCCCCGAAGAUUUAUUAUGAUCUCUUAAAGAGGAUUGGGGAGUUGUUUCCAGGGCCAUCUAAGGCGACAAGGGCAUAUCUUCAUGCCGAGGCAGAUGUGGAAAGGGCAUUAAAUAAGGUUGGGUGGAAAAUAAGGAAGAGAGGGCUAAUCACUACACAGUUCUACUUUGCAAGACUUGUCGAGGCUGUCCCUGCUUAGUCGGACUAGGAGAGGUUAGUUUUUAUUUUUUCUGUGGCUUACUUAUUCUGAAUAGAAAUGUCUGGAUGUUUCUAAGUCUUGAUUUUUUCCUGUAUACUCGUUACUAUUUAUGUAUGCUUAUGUGCUUAAGUGUAUAUAAAUUGUCCUUGUAUCUAAAUUCCGAUGCUUGUUAACAAACUUUGUGGUCGGAUUUAGUGACUAAUGGCUCGUUUGAUGA